AUGAAUUCACAAUUUGUUUACAAUCAACCAUCAUAUGCAACUCAUCGUUAUAAUCGUUCAAAUCCAUCAUCAACCUUCACAUCAAAUGGUGGUACCUCGUGGAUUAAGAAAAAACCAUCAUCAUCACAUUCAUCAUCAAUUAACGUUCCUGUCAACAAUUAUAUUACAAAUGUUUUAGUUGAUACCGGUGCUGCUAUAUCACUUAUAAAUGAACGUACUUUACAAUGUAUACAACAUUAUCCAAUCACGUCAUGUUCUUUAAAAGAAAUUCAUACUGCAAACAGUGGAUUUAUAUCUCUUCUUGGAUUAGUGAAUCUUAAUGUAAAAAUUAAUCAUAUUAUCACUACAGUCGAUGCUUAUGUUACUCGUGAUCUUGUUUGUCCAAUGAUCUAA